AUGGACUUUGGAAAUCGAUGGAAAGCGCUAGAAGAACUGGAGCGUUCUCAAAUCGAGCAAGUGAAGUUCGAAUCUGCAGAAAGAAAGCAACGCCUAGAGCAGGAGAUGCGAGUAGGAAUCGGCGAGGAGCAGGAACGACUAAUUCGACGAGAGAUGGAACAACAACAAGCUCGAUUGCGACAAAUGGAAGAAUCUCGACGUCAGCGCCAGGAGCAACUCCGUGCCCGUCAUGAGCAAGAAAUUGAACAGUCGAAGCGUCAACGACUCUCUCUCAAUGAAAAUCACGAACAACUCAAGAAUCUUGUUGAAGGUGCCGGAAUGCGCGCGCCUGAGACUUACCGACCUCCUCCAACCUACAGAAAGCCAGAGCAAAUGGAAAUGGACGGGGGUUGGAGAGAUAAUGACUUCGGCUCCCAGAACCAAAGCUUCGAUAAUGACUCCCGAGGCCAAAACAAUCAGUGGCCAUCUCCUGUACAAAGAGGCGGUCGAGGUGGAGGACCUCGUGGCGGAGGAGGACCGCGAGGCGGCUUCUCUGGUAGCCAAAACUUUGACCCUAUCCAGGUCCCAGAAAGUUCUCUUGCAAUAGAUGAAAAGAUCCAAGAACUCGAAAAAAAGGCAGGAUUAUAUAUUUUCAUUUCAAAUGUUUUAUGCACAGAAUCAAAACUGGCCUCAGCAUUUCGAAUCUCUCAGAAAGAUUACCUGUUAUCAAGCGGAGAACUAUGA